AUGGGCGAUACAACCACCAUCCAGCUGCCCGCGGGGCCCAUCAAAGCUCGCGUGCUGGACGACCGGCUCCUUCACGCCCGCGGGAUUCCAUACGCGACAGCUAAACGAUUCGAAACGCCUCAGCCAAUCGGCCCUUGGACAGAGAUCCUGGAUUGCACGGAGCGCGCACCCAUAUGCCCUCAACUGCCAUCGCGGCUGGAGUCCGUCAUGGGCCCGCUGACCACGGGUCACGCUCUCAGUGAAGACUGUUUAAGGGUAUCGGUAACAGCGCCCAAAAAUGCGAAAAAUGCCCCAGUGAUGGUCUGGUUGCAUGGCGGAGCCUAUAUAUCGGGCGGUGGUGAUCUCGACUGCUACCAGGGCGUUGGUCUCGCCGACCGGGGGGCCAUCUGCGUCAACAUCACUUAUCGGCUGGGCGUGUUCGGGUAUUUACAUAUGGAGGGCAUUGCGCCUGCGAAUUUGGGUAUACUAGAUCAACGUGCCGCACUCGAAUGGGUCCAACACAACAUUGCUGCGUUUGGUGGGAAUUCGGAUAAUGUCACGAUGGUCGGGCAAUCGGCUGGUGCGGACUCGAUUAUCUGUUUGAUCGUUGCCGAGGGCACGAAGGGCCUGUUCCAUCGAGCAAUCUUGCUCAGCCCUCCCUUGAGAGACCUGAGAGAGCGGUCACAGACGGCGGACUUGCUCACGAAAAGAGCAGAACAGCUAUUCAAAGAGGAUCCCCGUGAAAUGUCGACCGAUGACCUCCUGGGGGUCCAGAAGCAGCUUUUAAUCAACCCGGUCCGGACCCAAGUCAUGCUAUUUGCCCCUGCUCUGGGAUACGCUCCUUUACCAAACGUAGAGGACUUCGACCGAAAGGUGGCGGAGAAUGCAAAGGAUAUUCCCAUUUUAAUCGGCUGGACGGCUCACGACGGUCGCCCAUUUGCAAGCAUGAUGGGCCCUCCGACCCUUCUCAAGCUGCCUCUUGUCGGACCAUAUGUCGAGGCUAUCGGAACCUGGUAUAUUACUCAGAGCUAUUUUAAAUGGCCAUCUCUGCAAUUUCACGAACAGGUCCUACAAGCAGGUGGAAAAUCAACAAGCUAUUCGUUUGAAUGGGCUGCUACAGGCAAUGCGUUGGGGGCCUGUCACUGCAUUGACAUCCCAUUUAUUCUGGGUACGCAUGAAGCCUGGAACGCUGCUCCAAUGCUGGUUGGGAAGGACACGGCAAACGAUAUUUCUCUAGUAGGAACACAUUUGAAGGAUAUGUGGGUUGCCUUUGCUGGUGGGAAGGAAUUCAACCCUGGGCAUAUUCAGGUAGGCAAAGGGUUCACUAUGUCUCCCAAGAUAUUCUCCAAUAGUUGA